AUGUGGUCUGGCUUCAGUUGGGCACUCGGUGCCUUGGAUAAUGCAUACACUUUGACCCAUCUCCGGUCACAGCGGCCGCGCUUCUUUGCGGACGGCUGGGGCGACGUCAAGGCAGCCGAGGCCGCACAAGUGGAAAUUUUCGAGCGCGAGCCUGCGGAGCUUCCUCAAAUGCAGUGGGGCGAGCCCAAAGGAAAUGUCUGUGCCGCGACGUUCCGGAGCCCACAGGCUGAGCGACUGCCCGAGGAGGUGGGCGACGUGAGCUUCUUCUUCGUGUCGCCACAAGAAUCAUCGAUCCGGCCCUGGGAUGCAUCGACCGAAGCCUCUUCGGCACCUUCGGCCAUCGUGGUGCUCCUCCCAGCCACAGGGGAAGAAGGACGAGGUGGACGAGUCGCCCUUGCACAAGAGCUUGCAAAGUCCGGGAUGUGUUCGUUGGUCCCGACCGCCCCCUUCUACGGCAGCCGCAAGCCAAAGAACCAGCAGAUGCACUACGUCCGCUCCGUGGGAAUGUAUCUGGAGCAAAGCACUGCAAUCGUUGAAGAGGCCGCUGUCGCCAUUCGAUGGUGCGUUCGUUGCUGGCCAGGGGUCCCGAUUUGCGUCUCCGGCUUUUCGUGGGGUGGGGCCAUGACCUGCCUCACGGCCAUCCUCGCCUCGAUUUGGGAGCCCUCGGCACAGAUCCUGGCAGUGCCCUACGCAGGCUCUGCCACCCCAGCGGUCCUGGUCGAUGGGCUUCUCCAGGACGACAUCCAGUGGUCUUCCCUCGCGAAGGAGGAUGAACCCUUCGAGGAGACUCGCGAUCGACUCCUGAAGGUGCUCUUGCAGACCCAUCUGUCGAAGAUCCUCGUGCCUUUGGAAGGCAAGGCCCAGAUCGCUGGGCUGCGUGCCGUGAGCUUCGAGAAUGAUAGCUUCGUGAAGCCGGAGUAUGGGGAGGAGCUCUUCACGUUGACCAGCAAGUGCUGUAAGCCCGGUGCACAGCAAGCGCUCGUGUGGCAGCCGGGGGGUCACGUCUAUGCCUUCUUGGCGAGGAAACGCCUACAGGUGGCUGCUGUGCAGCAGGCGUGCGCUGAGCUUGGCACCGUGAACUCCUGA